AUGUGGGGCGCCGCUAGAGAUGGCAGCAUGCAUCCCGAUGACGAGGCUGCAGCAGCAGCAGCAGCAGCAGCAGCAGCAGCUGCUGCUGCUGCUGCUGCUGCUGCUGCUGAGGAUGACGACGACCGCCUGGGCAGCGGAGACGUUUUGUUUGAUGCAGAGGCUGAAAGCGAUGAAGACAUAGGCAGCUUUGCACUCGGGGGCGCCUUUGAGAUGCAGCCGCGGGUGGUAGGAAGAGCAGCAGGAACAGCAGCAGCAGCAGCAGCAGCAGCAGCAGCAGAUACUCUUCCCCUUGAGCAGCAGCAGGCAGCUGGAGGGGGGGCCAUAGGGUGGAUGAUGCGGUUGCUGCGGCUGCCUCAGCAGCAGCAGCAGCAGCAGCAGCAGCAGCAGCAGCAACUGCCGCCGAUGCGUAGACGCAGGAGGAGAUAUGAAGCCGUUGUUGGAGAGGGAGCGCAUGCAGAAGACAACGAUGCUGUGCUUGUGCAGCAGCAGCAGCAGCAGCACCAGCAGCAGACAGCACACCGCGAGCAGCAGCAGCAGCACCACCACCACCACCGCCAGCAGCACCAGCAGCAGCAGCAGCAGCAGCAGAAACUUCUGCUGCUGAUAACAGCAGCAGCAGCAGCGGGGGCCGCCUGCGUCUCUUCUGGCGUCGCAUGCGUAGCCGUUUGGGUGGCUCUGCAGCAGCAGAGUCUGCGGACGGAGCAGCAGCAGCAGCAGCAGCAGCAGAAGCAGCAGCAGCAGCAGCAGCAGCAGCAGCAGAGGAAGAAGAAGAAGAUGAAACCCUCGAUGACCCCACCUGCCAGCAGCUGCUGCUGGCGGGGGGCCUCAUAUGUUGGGCCCCCCUGCUAUGGAUCGUUGGCUGUCUCCUUUUCCUAG